ACCCUACCUUUUUUGUACCUCCAUUUUCUCCAUCCAUCUACAUCAUCUUUUCUCUUUUGACCAUGCCUAAGGUUUCCAUCAACUCCAUUCUCCUUCUCAGUAGGCGAUCAUACUCAUCGGCAGUGGAGAAUGCAAGAGUGCAGCCAGUAGUAACAGCGCUGAGGAAGGCAGCUGAUCAGUCUAGCAGUACGGUGGCCACCGACCAGCCGGAGGAGAUCUUUUGGAUGAGAGAUCCAAAGAGUGGCAACUGGAUUCCGGAGAGUCACUUUGGUCAGAUCGAUGUUGCAGAGCUGAGGGAGAAGCUUCUUCCACAAAAUAAAAAACCUAAAGCCUAAAAGCCAGUUUCUAUGUCCCAAUAAUACGCGUUUGAAUCUAAAUCUGUUCCUAAAACAUAUUUCACGUUUUAUUCUCUCUUUUGCUCCUUGGAUAUAGUUACAACGGCCAUUUAAUAAAUUUAGUUUUGCAAAUUAA